AUGUUCUCCAGACAAUUCUUCCGAGUCGGAGCCCGACUGGUUGGAUCCCGAAGGUUAGUUUCCUCCGGCAUUCCACCAACCAAAAGACACCGGUCGACACGUGCGCUCAAGGUCAUAGCUGGGCUAGGUAUUGGAGGGACCAUACUUUAUAACACCAGUGAUAGUUUCAAACAUGGGGUUUUAAUGGUAGAAAGAAUUGGAGUGGUCACCGUGGCAACUGCUAGAUGUUUCAAACUAUAUAAGAACACGCUUGAUGCUCAAUACGACACUGAGGAGAUCCGAGCAGCAGCCUUGAAGGUGACCCAUUUGAAAGCUGCUACUAUUACUUUACAUGCCUUAGAGAAGAAUGGGGGGAUUUAUAUUAAAUUGGGACAACAUCUUACGGCGUUGACAUACUUGUUGCCCCCGGAAUGGACCAAUACCAUGAUCCCCUUACAACAGGAAUGUCCUCAAUCAUCCAUGGAAGAGAUCCAACAGUUGUUCCAACGAGACAUGGGGGUUUCUAUUGAAGAUUAUUUCAGUGAGUUUGAUCCUGAACCCGUAGGAGUUGCCUCCUUGGCCCAAGUCCACAUUGCUCGGUUGAAAGAGACCAACGAGAAGGUGGCUGUUAAGAUCCAACAUCCUUCCUUACAACAGUUUGUACCGUUGGAUGUGUUUCUAACCAAUACGGUGUUUGAAUUGAUGUAUAAAUUCUUUCCUGAAUACCCUUUGACUUGGUUGGGAGAUGAAAUGCAGAAUCUGAUUUAUACAGAAUUAGAUUUCACUAAAGAGGCCCAGAAUGCCAUGGCAACUCAAGAAUAUUUCGCUAAGUAUAAAGAUAGUACGGCGUUACGAAUCCCCAGCAUCAAAUCUGCAGAACAUCGGAUCCUUAUUAUGGAAUACGUUGGUGGAGCAAGAUUGGACGAUUUGAAAUAUAUGAAUGACCAUAACAUUGAUGCUUCUAAAGUAUCUGCUUGUCUUUCUCAUAUAUUCAACAAUAUGAUCUUUACACCUGGAGUUGGAGUGCAUUGUGACCCCCAUGGAGGCAAUUUAGCCAUUAGAAGCGUUGCUAAUGGCACUGGAAAUGGCACGAAUAGCCAUAACUUUGAAAUUAUCUUGUAUGACCAUGGACUAUACAGACAAAUACCUCUUCAAAUGAGAAGAGAUUAUUCCCAUUUCUGGCUAGCAGUUCUUGAUAACGAUAUACCCAACAUGAAGAAAUACGCUAAGCGGUUUGCAGGAAUUGAAGGAGAACAAAAGUUUAAGAUCUUUGCCUGUGCUAUCACCGGUAGAGACCCAGAGAACAGUUUGAAUUAUGACAUUACCAAACCAAGAACAAAAGAUGAAAUGCUCAAUAUCCAUACCCAAUUGAAUGAAGACGGGAUACUUGAAGAUUUGAUGGACAUACUCAGCAGUAUGCCACGAAUAGUUUUACUCAUACUCAAAACCAAUGAUUUAACCAGAAACUUAGAUGAAGGGUUGAAUAAUCCCUUGGGUCCAGAAAGAACUUUCCUUAUCAUGGCCAACUACUGUGCCAGAACGGUUUACGAAGAGCAGAAUGAAUUGGUAUCAUUAACGUCUACCAAGUACUCUUUCAAAUGGUUAUGGGGUAAGUUGGAUAACUGGAUCUGGUACCAAAGAAGAUUGAGCUCGUUAUACAUCUAUGAUUGGAUAAUGACAAUCAAAAAUUUCAAAGCAAAGUUAUCCCUUUGA